CUGAAGAUGUGAAACGCAGAAUCCGGAAGUAGCCUGGAAAGCAAAACCAGGAGGAAGAGGAGAGUGGACUUCCGGUGCAGGCCUACAGCAUGAAAAGGGACAGACAGCAACUGAGGAGGUCAGUGAGAAGCCACCAAUGAUCUGGGAGCCAUCACAUCGGAGUUCAUUCAUGUGUCACAGAGGAGGAGACCUUUGUGAAUAUUCACCACGGUAGCAUGGUCCAGAGUAUAGCAGCAGUGUGAGAUCCGGGUUAGGAGAGCCUCAAGAUAAGACAGUGAUGGAAGAGUCCCGGACUAAGACAAGGGAUGUGGAGAUAAUGGGCAUUAAAGAGACCCGGACUGAGACAAGGGACAUGGAAGAGACCCAAACUGAGACAAAGGACAUGGGAAAGUCCCAGAUUGAGGCAACAGACAUGGAAGAGACCCGGACUGAGACAAGGGACAUGGGAAAGUCCCAGAUUGAGGCAACAGACAUGGAAGAGACCCAGACUGAGACAAGGGACAUGGAAAAGUCCCAGAUUGAGGCAACAGACAUGGAGAAGACCCAGAUUAAGACAAUGGAUUUGGAAAAGGCCCAGACUGAAAUAACGGACAUAGAAGAGACUCAUACUGAGACAACGGACAUGGCAAAGAUCCAGACUAUGGAAGAGACCACCUGGAUUGAGACAAGAGACAAGAAGCGGGAAUUGGUGAGAGGUCACAGCCGCCAGUACACGGACAGCUCUACAUGCACACCACGAUUCUCCGUGAUAAUGAAGGAGGAGACCUCUUUGCACCCUGACCACAUUGCCACCAUUAAAGAAGAACCUCUCCCACAUCAAGAAUGUGCGGACUUUCCCACACCCAGAUGUCUUAGACCGUGUACACCUGAUGAGGUAACCCCCUUAUUUCAAAAAGACAACAUUCCACCAACUAGAUGUUCCACAUCUGCUACUCACCAAGUCCCAUCCGGUCCUUUUAGAAAGAAUUCUCAGUCAGGACACAACAAUGUCCUGAACUCCAAGCAAUCUUCCCUUGCAGAUCAUAGAAGGCAUAUGCCGUCCCAUAUUAAGGAGGAGCCCUGCUUGUAUGAAGGAGAAGACUUUCCCCAUGCUCGAACAUCUAAGGUUAAGAUGGAACCCUUCUCAGGUGACCUUGACUCUUCCUCCUCCAUGAUUCGGAUAAAGCAGGAGCCUCUCAUCGGUGGAAGGAGGAGUAAUAUCUUAGAACCCCCAACUCAUGUACAGUGUCCACCUAUAGAGAUAAAGGAGGAACCCCGAUCACCUGAAGAAGAAGAUUCCACCAAUGUGAACUUCUCUCCACCCGCUGAUCCCACACAGACACUUUCUAUUCAGAUUAAAGAGGAAGAGGAGGAGGAAGAAGACUUUUCUCCUGAAGGGCUUCACAUACUUGAAGGGACCAUCACAGACUCCGACAUUCACUCCUUCACCAUCACUGGAGAGUACAUUGAAGGCAUUGAGAUCAAGCUGAAGACCAAACCCAUGCAGGACAAAGUGGCCGCCACAUCUCAGUCAUCGAAGACCACCUAUUCCUGCCCCGUGUGCAAAAGAAACUUCACCAAUCACGGCAACCUGGUGCGGCACCGGGAAACCCACAAAGGGAAGAAGAUGUCCUGCCUGGAUUGCGGAGCUGACUUCUGCAACAAGACGGACCUCACAGCUCACGUUCGGAUACACAAAGCCAACAGGGUCCUUUACUGUUCCGAGUGCAACAUCACCUUCCCCAGCAACUCGCACCUCAUCAUCCACGAGAGAAUCCACACCGGAGAGAAGCCGUUCUCCUGCCCCCACUGCGGGAAACGCUUCUCCAGCAAGUCCAACGUCGCCGAGCACAUGAAGGUCCACACGGGCUCCAAACAGUUCUGCUGCUCGGCCUGCGGCAAAUCUUACGCCCGGCAAGAGAACCUGCUCAGCCACCAGCGGAUCCACCAAGAAGCGGUGACGUUCACCUGCACCCACUGCGGCCAGUGCUUUGUUGACCAGCUCAAGUUCACCAGGCACCAACGCUUCCAUACCGUGGAAAAGCCGUACCCGUGCGUCCUCUGCGCCAAGCGCUUCGCUCACAAGGCGCUGCUCCUCAGGCACGAACGGACUCAUGUCGGUGGGAAUCCCGUCUGUUCUGACUGCGGUAAGUGUUUCUUCCGACAAACCGAACUGACCAAACACAAGAGAGUCCACAUGGGCGUCACCGAGAAACUGUUUGAAUGCUCGGAGUGCGGGAAGCGGUUCAGCUCGGGACCCCGCCUCCUAAACCACCAGAAACUGCACGCGGCGGACAAGGCCUAUCAGUGUACCGAGUGCGGCAAUUGCUUCAAACAGAAGAACAACCUGGUGAGGCACCAGAGGGUCCACGAGGUGGAAAAGCCCUUCUGGUGUGCCGAAUGUGAGAGAGGCUUCACCACCAGGUCCAACCUCAAGGUCCACCGGAGAGUCCACAUCAUGCGAAGGCAGCACCCCUGCCCGCACUGCGGCAAGGAGUUCCCUUUCAAGAGCCGCUUAAACGAACAUUUAAAAAGUCACGAAGAGAAUAAAACGGAGGAGGGGCAAAGCUAAAAAUAGGGGGAUGGGAGGCCUCGUAGAGGAAGGUCGCUUUAUCUGGACGUUAGCAAAAGGUCCGCUUAUCUUGUCGACCCUUUGUAUAUUAAAAUGGUUGUAACCCUCCAUGUACCCAGUGAAGGUGACUUGCUUUCACACAGAGA